AUGCCCGUUCCGACCGCUGAACAGUACGACAGAGAGCAAGCCAACGCACGUCAAGUGGCCUCCGCGGGCCACAUUUCUACAGACAACAGCAGCGGUCGUCAGCUUGGAACCGGCACGGGCGGCACUGUGAGUGCGCCCGGGUCAUCUUCUUCACAGGAUGCUAGCGCACUCAGCAAAGAGGAGGCCGACCGACUGUUUGAGGAGCGCAUGGAGGAGGAAUAUGCCAAAAGAGAGGGCGGCGCAUAG